AUGGACGACGACGAAGCCGCCGCGUCAGACAGCGACAUCGCCGACUUCCUACUCGACGAAGACAUGAUCCGCGCCAUGGACGCCAUCGACCAAACCGUCAACCCAGCACUCCUCAACCUCAACGGCGCGCCCCAGCCAAGAGACCUCAGCCAGAUUCUCUGGUUCGCCAUCUUCAAAAACGACGUCGCCGAAGUCUCCCGGCUCAUCGAGGCCGGCGCCGCCCUUCCCGGCUCGCGUGUCCGCUACGGGUCCACCGCGCUCGAGAUGGCUGAUAGGAUGGGCCAUCGUGAGGUAGUACGUCUAUUCUGCCGUGACCUUAACGUUGCCGCUCGUGGAAUGGGCGCUAUACUGAAUGCUAUCCAUGCGGGCAAUCGCACUACUGUGCGUGUGGUUCUCGAAAUGGGUAUGCGCGGCAUCAUGGCGGGUAACCAGCUGAUGACGGAGAUUAUCUUUGGGUAUGUGGCUAAGUAUGGGACCGAGGCGAUAUUUGAUGUCCUGCAUGAGUAUGGGCCGUUCUUUAGCUGGCCGGAGUAUACCAGCUGGCUGCUUGAACAGGCGGCGGAUAAUGAUAAUUUUGAUGUCGAGGGUGCCAUUAUGAGACAUCGUCAGGCUCAUCUCGAGCGCCAGUCCAUGCUGACCACGGCCGCCAUCGACCUCAACGACUUGAACCCGAACGACAAAGACGUCGGCACCCUCGAGGAUUGUCUCCGUCGCUUCUGCGUCGCCUUCCCGCACAUCGAAAUGAGAUAUUUCUGGCAGCAGGAGGUGUUCAACAACAGAAUCCGCAGAGCCCAUAACCAUGCGUCGUUCUCCAGUACUCCCGUCUCGGUGCUCAACUACUAG